AGUACGGAAUACAGGGAGCGUUCGUGUGUGGUUGAAACAUUGGCCCGCAAUAUUGUUGCACCGGCACGAAAUAUAAUAAACGUGAGGGAACUUCCACCGUACCGCACAAUGGAUAAGUACGUAACCCUUGAGGAAUAUAAGGGAAUGAUGCAAAUGAUGCGAUCAAUGAUGGCACAGGCCGACCUCCCGCCCCGCCAAAAACCCGUGGUGGACGGUAUCGUGCUUCCUCCGGGGAAUGACCAGAUCGUGAGUGACCUCAAGAACUUCGAGGUCAGAGAGGACGACGCGUGGAUCGUGACGUAUCCCAAAGCAGGCACAACUUGGACCCAGGAGAUCAUGUCCUGCGUGAUGCAUGAUGGGAACCUGGAGGAAGUCAACAAGAGACACACUGUGUUCCGGGUUCCCUUCCUGGAGUUCGGUAUGCCCGAGCCGGCCCUGAAGAUGAAAAAUAUGCCUCCGAUUCACAAGAUAGUCGCUGAGAUGCCAUCACCCCGUGUCAUCAAGUCUCAUUUACCGGGCCAGCUACUGCCGCCUCAGAUGUGGACAAAGAAACCCAAGAUCGUCUACGUCAUGCGCAACCCCAAGGACCUCGUGGUCUCGUUCUUCUACUUCACGCGAAUGAUGGACCGUUCCCAGCAGAAACAGGCCGAGACUUUUGGGGAUUUCUUCGAUCAGGCGCUGGAAGGAAAAACUAUGUACGGUCCGUGGUGGGAGCAUUACCUAUAUUUCUGGAGGAAGAGACACGAACCAAACAUCCUCCUCCUGUGGUUUGAAGACAUGAAGAGGGACCUGAGAGGAAUCGUCGAGCAGAUCAGUCAGUUCUUGGGCAAGAACCUGUCAGCCGAGAGACUGGACGCCAUCACGGAACACUGCACCUUCGCCAACAUGAAAAAGAACCCCAUGGCAAACCCGGACACACUUAUUGAGAAUGCAGGUGGCCAGGACACAGGCGAAAAAGCCUCUUUUAUGAGAAAAGGCAAGGUUGGUGAUUGGAGGUCCCACUUCACUGUGGCACAGAACGAAGCCAUGGACGCCCUCAUUAAGGAGAAGCUGCACGGCACUGGGCUCAACGUCAACUGCAAUUAGAAAUUGAAAAAAACACGCACCAUGCAUGUCUGGCAAACUUACUAUGCUUGGGCUGUGGAGAAUAUAAUGCAGAAUAAGUCAAUCAAUUUUCUUUUCACUUUUAACCAUCUUAACAGGAAAGUAAUCAGUGCAUGGAAUAACAACCUGACUCCAUCGACGUUGUCAAACAUUCAAGGCACUUUUGUUUCAGGCGCCCUCCAUAGGCGCAGCAGUAUCAAAUACUGUGUCCCGAAAUGCAACUAGAGACAAUUUGACAAUUUAUUAGUUCGUCACGUGACAGGGGCCAUCGACAUUAUUUCAAUCCCUUGAAAACCAGUAAGUGAUUUCAAAAAAAAAAAUGAAGGCAAUCACAUCCGGGGAAAAUAAUAACAUCUGGGGUUAGCGGAAGUAUCCACAUUCAAUGUUUUUUUUAUGUUAAUUAGUUUAGUUAAUAAAUAUUGUGUAGAGAUUAUUCUGUAUCAUUGUGACAAAUCUGUAGAUGUUAUGUGACCGUAUCAAACUGUUGGUAUUGGCUCAAUCGCCACGAUUGGUCUACGC